AUGGCGAACGGAUGGGCACCUAUCAUCGGCCUCAUAGUCACCGUCAUCUUCUGCGGCGCAGCCUGGUUCCUAGCUCCAAAAGGCGAGAACCAAACGUACGUUCACAACAUCUCUUCGUCCAAGAUCACACCCACGCCUACAAAGCCCUGCUUGCGCACCAAGACCUCUUUAGAGCUGCUCCUCGCCAUGCAUGAGAAUCGAAGUGCAGGUGGAGGCAGGCGCGUCCAUUUCACCGACGACACGAGCAGCGAUGGUUACGAGAGCGAGCAGCCAUCUUGA